UCCCACUUUUUACAUGGGGUAACAGCGUUACGUGACCGGCGUACAGAAAGGAUCAGGGAUGAGGACAACUUGAACUUCCACAGAGGGAAGCUUAUGCAGGCUUUCGACACACUAAGACGCGUUUUUAUUGCCAAGAAAACUUAAGAAUAUGGAGCCCAGUUCCACAGAGGGAGGAGCUGAAGAGAAGCUCAUUAAAAACCAUCCACCAACUGUUCCUCACAAAGUGCUACUCAAACAUGGCCAAGAGUUGGAGGAAGAGCAGGAGGAGUUGGCCGAGCACCAGCCGCUAGAGCAGGAAGACCUGAACUUUGAGAGAUGGAAGCGCAGGCCAUUACCCAAGAGGACGCUCCACCAGAAAAUAGACGACAUUAAGACAUACCUGUGGAAUGCAGAGACCAACGAAUUCAUGGGUCGCUCUGGGAAGAGCUGGAGCCUUAUCCUUCUCUUCUACGCUGCACUUUAUAUCUUUCUUGCAGCCAUGUUUGGCGGCUGUCUGUUUUGCCUCAUGUGGUCUAUUAGUCCCUACCAUCCAACCUUCAAUGAUAGAGUGAUGCCACCAGGUAUGACGAUGGCCCCACACCUAGAAGGCCAUGAGAUCGCCUUCAACGCCUCUGAUCGCAAAUCCUGGAAGAAGUAUGCAAGGUCUAUGGAUGAAUAUCUAAGACCGUAUAACGAUGGUGCUCAGGAGAGGAAGAAUAUUCGCUGUGCACAGGACAGAUACUUCAUGCAGGACGACCUGGAGGAGAGUGCAGAGCGGAAAGCGUGUCAGUUUAAGAGGUCCUGGUUGGGGGAGUGUUCGGGGCUGCAGGACCCCCACUAUGGCUAUUCUCAGGGAAGGCCAUGCAUCCUCCUCCGAAUGAACCGGAUUCUUGGGUACUUACCAGGCCAGGGCAAACCGAUUAAUGUGACUUGUGGAGUUAAGAAAGGACCUCCAGAAGCCCUGGGACAACUCCAAUUUUUUCCUACAAGCCUUUUUGACCUGAAGUACUAUCCAUACUAUGGGAAGCUCAGACAUGUAAACUACUCUUCACCGGUGGUGGCUGUGCGUUUUGCAGGAGUGCAGUACGACACUCACAUCCAAGUACAAUGCAAACUGAAUGGAAAGGGCAUCAUUAACGAUUCACCCACUGACCGCUACCUGGGCAGUGUGACCUUCUCCUUGGAUGUCGGAGCGUAAGGCAAAGAUGUCGCUGCCAGAUGCUCCCAUGACAAUGAGGCAGGAAAAAUGUACAAGGGAAAAAAAAUUUUUUUUGAAGCAUUAUUUUCCAUGAAAUAUGUAAUUUCCCUCUCCUCAUCUUUCACCUAAAUAUCCACGUCUUCUGCUGUGAAACAAAUUCCUCAAGAAGUAGUCAUUUACACUUUUGUUUGUGUUGUAUCUUUGUAUCUUGAGCGUGCUACUGGCACCUGCACCCACAACAAACAGUGCUGAGCACAGGACGAGCGCGUAGAGCGAGUUACAGUUCCUGAUAUUUUGUAAUGAUUAGCGAGAUUAAUCAAACUAAAUUACACUCUGCCCAAUAGUUAGUGUUUCUGGCUAUGCAAAUCCAAUUAUGACUUAAAACAUUACUAGGCAAUUAGAAAAUAUUGUUGUAUCAGGUUAGAUUAUGGUUUUGUGUGCACAGUUUCGUGUGACAACGUGUACUAAUUUGUCUUGAAUUAUAUUUUUCAAACAUGUAUAUUGUAAGAAUUCAAAGAACUAUCAUGCAAACACUGAAAGCAGGACUUGUACUGUACUUACACAGUAAAAAAGAUAUAAUAAAUGACUGCAAAUACACUAUUACUAUAUUUUUGUUGAAUAGAGCAGUAUUAUACAUUUAUGAUAAAGCAUCACAAGCCACUUCUUGCCUUCUUUUGUAAAAACAUUUGCUUUUGAAAAUGAAAUACUACACAAGACUGAUCAAUAAAGAGACAUGCUGUACUGUGAAAUAGUUUGUCAAAGGUCUGUACCGUUAUAAAAAGUAUAACUAUUGUGUGAUAGUAUUAAUCCUGUCUGAACUGUGCUACUAAACAUGGUAUCAAUGUUGUAUUUAUUCCUAUUAUAGUUCUUAUAAUAAAUACAAUGUUCUGGUA